AUGAGGCUCCUGCCGCUGCUAGUGGGUUUCUCCACUUUGUUGAACUAUUCCUACACUCAAAAUUGCACCAAGACGCCCUGUCUCCCGAAUGCAAAGUGUGAAAUACGCAAUGGAAUGGAAGCGUGCUAUUGCAACAUGGGCUUUUCAGGAAACGGUGUCACAAUCUGUGAAGAUGAUAAUGAGUGUGGAAAUUUAACCCAGUCCUGUGGUGAAAAUGCUAAUUGCACUAACACAGUGGGCAGUUACUAUUGCAUGUGUGCACCUGGUUUUAGAUCCAGCAGUAACCAAGACAAGUUUAUCACUAAUGAUGGAACCAUUUGUAUAGAUAUAGAUGAGUGCAGUGAAGCAAGUGUGUGUGGUGAUCACGCAGUAUGUGAAAACGUGGAUGGUGGGUACCACUGCUCCUGCAAGGAAGGUUAUCAGUCAUCCACAGGAACAGACCGGUUUACACCUGCUGAUGGCACUUACUGCCAAGAAUAUGUGGAUAUAAACUGUCAUUUGGAUAAUGCAUGUGUUGCUGAAUAUAUUAACAAAGCUUUAGCAAAAAUUAGACCUAUAGGCAAACCUUUGGCUUUGCUACAAAAACUCCAUAGAAAUUCUGGGAGGAAUCUUUCACCAAUAGAUAUAAUUGCAUAUACAGAAAUACUAGCUGAAGCAUCAAUAAUACUAACUCACUUGAAUAAAACUAUGUCAGCCAAGGACACUCCUUCUAAUUCAACUCUAACUGAAUUUGUAAAAACGGUGAAUAAUUUUGUUCAAAGGGAUACAUUCACAGUUUGGGAUAAAUUAUCUAUGAAUCAAAGGAGAACUCAUCUUACGAAACUGAUGAAUGCUGUUGAACAAAUUACCUUAAGAUUAUCUCAGAACUUCGAAAAGACCACUCAAUUUGAUACAAACUCAAGUGACAUAGCUCUUAAAGCUUUCUUUCUUGAUUCCUAUCACAUGAAACAUACCCAUCCCUAUAUGAAUGUGAGUGGAGAUUAUAUAAAGAUAAUUCCAAGCAGAAAACCUGCCCUUGACUCAAAUGGCAAUGUUGCAGUUGUAUUUUUAUAUUACAAGAACAUUGGUCACUUGCUUUCACCAUCUGAAAAUUACUUGUCGGAUCCACAAACUGAUGACAUUUCUGAAAAAGAGCAAACAGUUAUAUCUUCAAUAAUUUCAGCCUCAAUUAGCUCAAAUCCACCCACAUUUUUUGAACUUGACAAAGUAACCUUUACAUUAAGUCACAACAAGGUCACAGAUGAGUAUCGGAGUCUGUGUGCAUUUUGGAACUAUUCGCCUGGAAAUAUGAACGGAAGCUGGUCCUUGGAGGGCUGUGAGGUCACAUUCUCCAAUGAGACCCACACCUCAUGCCGCUGUGAUCACCUGACACAUUUUGCAAUCUUGAUGUCUUCCGGUCCUUCCAUUGGUAUUAAAGAUUAUAACAUUCUUACAAGGAUCACUCAACUAGGAAUCAUUAUUUCAUUGAUUUGUCUUGCCAUAUGCAUUUUUACAUUCUGGUUCUUCAGCGAAAUUCAAAGCACUCGGACAACAAUUCACAAAAAUCUCUGCUGUAGCCUGUUCCUUGCUGAGCUUGUGUUUCUUGUUGGAAUCAACACAAAUACAAAUAAGCUCUUCUGUUCAAUCAUUGCUGGUCUGCUGCAUUACUUCUUUUUAGCUGCCUUUGCAUGGAUGUGUAUUGAAGGCAUACACCUUUAUCUCAUUGUUGUGGGAGUCAUCUACAACAAGGGAUUUUUGCACAAGAAUUUUUACAUCUUUGGCUAUCUCAGCCCAGCUGUGGUGGUUGGAUUUUCAGCAGCACUAGGAUACAGAUAUUAUGGCACUACCAAAGUAUGUUGGCUUAGCACAGAAAACAAUUUCAUUUGGAGUUUCAUAGGACCAGCUUGUCUAAUCAUUCUUGUAAAUCUCUUGGCAUUUGGAGUUAUCAUAUACAAAGUUUUCCGUCACACUGCAGGAUUGAAGCCAGAAGUCAGUUGCUAUGAGAACAUAAGGUCUUGUGCAAGAGGAGCCCUGGCUCUCCUGUUCCUCCUUGGCACCACCUGGAUCUUUGGGGUUCUCCAUGUUGUGCAUGCAUCCGUGGUUACAGCUUACCUCUUCACAGUCAGCAAUGCCUUCCAGGGGAUGUUCAUUUUCUUAUUUCUGUGUGUUUUAUCUAGAAAGAUCCAAGAGGAAUAUUAUAGAUUGUUCAAGAAUGUCCCUUGUUGUUUUGGCUGUUUACGGUAAACACAGAAAACUAAGUAUAUAUCUGCACAAAUAUUAAAAAGACAAGCUAUGAAUGACCAGUUAAAUAGUUUAGAAGUGUGUAAAAGUGACUCAAAUUAUCCAGUUAUUAGUUACCAGAUAAUCAAAUACUUCAAUUUUUUUUAUAUUUAUAGCAUAAGAACUGUAAACAGUAAGAGGUAAAAGUAUGUGCCACGUAGUUAUUUCACUCUUCCCUCCAUGACAUAGUUCUGUCAAAACAGCACUGCCGAUAUUCAGAAAGUAAUUGGUUUCUCAGGAGUGAUAUCACUGCGCCCAAGGAAAGAUUUUCUUUCUAACACAGAAAUAUAUGAAUGUCCUGCAGGAAAGCAUGGUCUUGAUAUUGUUAUGGCUCAUGUUGCCUUUGAAACUUGUCACCACUGCUCUGGUAAUGAGCUGCUUUCAGAAAGAGAAAUGACACAGAAUGAAGAAGAAGAAAACAAAGAGGUAGAGAGGAAAUGGUUCUUACGAUAAGAUGCAUUUGGAAAAAACUUGCUUUCUUAUCUACUUGAGAAAUUUUUGAAAUAUAAGAAAGCAUUGAGUGAGCAUCUUUGCAUUUUUUGAAUUGUUCUGAAUUUAAAUUUCUACUGAAAUAAUUUAUACCUCAAUUUUCUCUAUCCACUUUGUUAUCUAAUUUUUAACUAACACAAAUUUGUAAAAAUCAAAAAUAUUGCUUGAAGUUAACAUUGGCUUGGGCUACUUGUUGUUUCUAUGUUUCUUUUACAAACUGAGACUUUAAUCAAUAAAAUAUGAAUAUCACAAAACCUAAUUACAGAAACCAAUUUCAUGGAAAAAAUUUCACAAAAUUUAAUUUCCUUUCUAGAUGGAACAUUUGUGUACAUAGAGCUGAAAUAGUCCAUUCUGUUAUAUUAGUGUAGGGAAUAUUCUAUUGCACUGAAUUCUUUUUUACUUUAAAAUUAGAAAAUAGUUCACACAGCAACAUUCCUUUUUAAUUUAAAAAUUUAAAAGGGCAUUGUAUAUAUGAAAGCACUCAUAAAUUGAAUUACAUUUUUCUGUUCAGAAGUGUACACAUUUAGAAAUAUUAUUUAUAACAAAAUUGAUUGAGAAACUGCAGCUUUUUAUUUUAGAGUGUAUCUAUUUUCUGACAAUCUUUGCUAUCCAUUAAAGUAUAUCUGCUUAAUUGUGCAUCUUCUGCCUUGAAAUCUUAUUAAAAUGUAGAGGGAAUAGUUUUAUUUUGAAACUAUGCAACUAUGCCUAUACACUAAAUGUUGUGAUUUAAAUUAAUUUAUCCAGCUGUUAAAAAAGUUCUGUGAAAUCUUGUUCUAACAAAUAAAAUAUUAUCUAUACC